AUGGACGGGCUUCUCAUUAACACCGAAGACAUAAUCACUUUGUCCAUUAACCAAUUACUUGAGAACUCAUGGGUGUUCCACGACUGGGCCAAGUUGCCCAUCUCCCGCGAGCAAUUUGCCCGUGAGUCGAAGGAAAAAAUGCGGCUGCAUUUCCCGAACUGCAAGCCACUGCCUGGCGCGGAAAAGUUCUUGUCUAACCUCAGUCUUGCACGUAGUGCUUCUGAGGAUAGAAUUGAGCUUGCAUUGGCAUCCAGUACGAAGACUUCUAGCUAUGAAUUGAAAGCUUCGGGGGCCGAAAUAAAACAUCUGCUUAGCUUCUUUCAGUCCGAAAGGAUGGUACUGGGCGAUGACCCACGAGUGCGACAGGGGCGAGGGAAGCCAGCGCCUGAUAUAUUUUUGGUCGCAUUGCAGGCACUGAACUCUACGAUGGGCUCUGUGAAAACUGCCAUCCGACCGAACGAAUGCUUGGUCUUCGAAGAUAGCGUGGCUGGGGUCGGGGCUGCGAGACGGGCUGGGAUGAGAGUUGUUUGGGUACCGCAUCCAGAUGUUGCGUUUGAGUAUCAAGAUAGGCAAAAGGAUGUGCUGGCCGGAAGGACGGGGAUCUCCGAAGCCGGCGACAAUUGGCAGCUUGGCGAGAAUGAGGACGGUUGGGCUGAAACCAUGUCGAGUCUGGAACACUUCGAUUACAAGAAGCAUGGCAUCACCGUGCCGUCCAAUCUUACUGAUCCAUCGAUGGAAUAG